UCUGUGAAGGCAGGGAAGAUGCCAGAAGGGGAGAAAAUGAGACAAUGUAAGCAAGAAGAGGAGCAGCCACAGAAAGAAGAGGAGCGGGAGGGUCUCAUCGAAUUCUACAGUUCCUACCAGGAGCUAUUCCAGUUCUUCUGCAGCAAUACAACCAUCCACGGGGCUAUCCGCCUGGUGUGCUCCAAAAAGAAUAAGAUGAAGACAGCCUUCUGGUCCGUCCUCUUCUUUCUCACCUUCGGCUUAAUGUACUGGCAGUUCGGGAUCCUCUACAGGGAGUACUUCAGCUACCCUGUCAACCUCAACCUCAACCUGAACUCCGACAGGCUGACUUUCCCAGCCGUGACACUCUGCACCCUCAAUCCGUACAGAUACAGCGCCAUCCGAAAGCAGCUGGAUAAGCUGGACCAAAUCACCCACCAGACACUGCUAGAUCUCUAUGACUACAAUAUGUCUCUGCCACAAAGAGACUGGUCCACAUCGUCCACACAAAGGCGUAGCUCAAGGAGCCUGCUCCAUCAUGUCCAGCGCCAUCCUUUGCGGAGGCAGAAGAGGGACAACUUAGUCAACUUGCCAGAGAACAGUCCCUCAGUGGACAAGAAUGACUGGAAAAUUGGCUUUGUUCUGUGCAAUGAAAACAACGACUGUUUCCAUCAGGCGUACUCCUCGGGAGUGGAUGCCGUGCGGGAAUGGUACAGCUUUCACUACAUCAAUAUCCUGGCGCAGGUGCCUGAUGCAAAAGCCCUGGACGAGUCUGACUUUGAGAAUUUCAUCUAUGCUUGCCGCUUCAAUGAAGCAACGUGUGACAAGGCGAACUAUACCCACUUCCACCAUCCCUUGUAUGGGAACUGCUAUACCUUUAAUGACAACAGCAGCAGCGUGUGGACAUCCUCGAUGCCUGGGAUCAAUAACGGUCUCUCUCUGGUGGUGCGCACCGAGCAGAAUGAUUUCAUCCCUCUGCUGUCCACGGUGACAGGAGCCAGGGUCAUGGUCCAUGACCAGAAUGAGCCAGCCUUCAUGGAUGAUGGGGGUUUCAAUGUUCGUCCUGGCAUUGAGACCUCCAUCAGCAUGAGAAAGGAGAUGACCGUGCGCCUUGGGGGCAGUUACAGCGAUUGCACAGAGGAUGGCAGUGACGUGCCAGUGCAAAACCUGUACUCAUCCCGCUACACCGAGCAGGUCUGCAUUCGCUCCUGCUUUCAGCUCAACAUGGUAGAACGCUGUGGCUGUGCAUAUUACUUCUACCCCUUGCCCAGGGGAGCAGAGUACUGUGACUACACGAAGCACAAAGCCUGGGGCUACUGCUAUUACAAACUCCUGGCUGAAUUCAAAGCUGACGUGCUGGGCUGUUUCCACAAGUGUCGGAAACCUUGCAAAAUGACAGAAUACCAGCUGUCAGCUGGAUACUCCCGCUGGCCUUCUGCUGUCUCAGAGGACUGGGUUUUCUACAUGCUUUCACAACAGAACAAAUACAAUAUCACAUCCAAGAGGAAUGGAGUUGCCAAAGUGAAUAUCUUUUUUAAGGAGUGGAACUACAAGACCAAUGGGGAGUCUCCAGCCUUCACGGUAGUGACUCUGCUGUCCCAGCUUGGGAACCAGUGGAGUCUCUGGUUUGGAUCCUCUGUCCUGUCUGUGAUGGAGCUUGCAGAGCUGGUUCUGGAUUUCAUUGCCAUCACCUUUAUCCUGGGCUUCCGCUGGUUCCGCUCUCGGCAGAAGCUGCCUCCACCGAUACCCCCUCUGAACAGUCAGGAUAACGCUGCUUUCCAAGAUGAGGCACCAGCUCUCCAUGCCCCGCAUCGCUUCACUGUUGAGGCUGUAGUGACCACACUGCCAUCCUACAACAGCCUGGAACCACGUGGGCCAAGCAGGGAUGGUGAGGAGGGACACGAGUGAGGCAGCAGCUCGUUCCACUGUUCAGGUGGCUGGCAGCUGGAGCAGAGGCUGCACACUGUCUGUGGGGCCUGCAUUUCCUUCUUUCUCGGGUGCUGAACAUGGACCAUAACAAAAGACUGUUCCAUGGUUGGCCUGGGCUCAUUGCUUUCACUUCUGUAGGCACAUUCUUCAGUCUCAUAAAAUUCUAUUGCUGUGGGAUCACCAGGGAUGAGAGAUGAUCUAGUGUAUGUAUGGGCGAGAUGUCCUCUCGAUUUCCUUAUGCUCUGUGCAUGUGCACACCUACAUGUGCAGGCAUGCCUUCUUUUCCCUCCAACAGGGAUGCUGCCACAGUUCUGGUCUGUCAUUAAUUAAAGAGGUUUGGCAGGUG